CAGAAAGGCGAAGACCACUUUCUUGAAACAGAAGAUAUACAAUCAAAACAAGCCAUAUGUAGGGGCAAGAAAGUAUGAAUUAUUUGUCUGUGGGUACUGGUUUCUGAAAAAUGAUAGAAAAAAUACUUACCAGAGAUAGAAGGUGACGUAUCUUUGUUGAUGUUAUAACAUCAAUGAUGUUAAACUGACAUGGCUGAAAGAUGGGCAGGGUUUAGUGAAGAAGAUCUUCGGAAAUUUGCACAGACAGAAGAAACUGUGGAAGCUCGGAAAGCAGCCCAUCCAAGUAGUAGCCAUGUAUUGAAACAGCAAGAUAAAAUUAAUGGCACAGGAAGGAAAAAUGUUACGCGACUAAGAAUGUUGCAGAAGCCGCGAAGCACUUCUAAUUUACCUAGAUCUGGCGAUAUUCCAGAUAAGGCCCUGCUGUACAAAACCAAAGAUGUUGAUGUGAAAAGCACAUCAGAGAACUUGCCAUUACUUUCUGAAGUAAGUUCAGCUGAUUCAGGAUGUGGAGUUUCAAAUGGGACAGAAUCUUCAUCAGAUACUAGUAGUGUUUCAAGCGCACAAGCUAGCCCGAGCCAUGGACCAGUUUAUUUGAAGAUUAAGGAAGAUAAAAGCUAUGAAGUUAUUUCCCCAGAGCAGGCCAGUAAAUCUUCUAUAUUGGAUGAAUUUGAAAUGCGUCAUAAGAUGAUGGAGGAACAGAACCGACGGCGUAAAGAAUUACUGGCCAAAGCAUUAGCUGACAGGAAGAAGCAAACUCAUGAAGAAGCACGGAGAUUACAGCAGAUCCAAGAUGAACUUCAGAAGCUGGAUAUGUUGCUGAGCAAUGAUGUUGCUAUUCUCAGGAACCAAAUUGAAGAAGUGAGCCUUGAAUUCAUGGAAGCACAAAAACGUUACAAUAGAGCUGAAAAGGAGUUUCUAGAUGCUAAAAUGCAUCUCUUCAGUAAGCUAGAACGCAAAGAACUUCUGACUGAACAUUUAUGUACUAUAAUAGAGCAGAAUGAAAUGCGAAAAGCCCGAAAAUUGUCAGAACUAAUGGACAAGCUAGAGUUGUCAACAUCAGUCGAAUUAAGUGAGGAAGAGAGGCGCACUGCAGCUGACAACAAAGUGAUACUAUCUCCUUUGCGUGCCUUGGACGAAGUCUCAUAUUCAAUGUGUAACACUCUGAAACAUAAACAAACUGACGAAAACACAGCUGCUGCUGAGGAAAAAGUGGGAGUUCCAGGUGAAGUAUUAGAAAUAUCUGCAUGCGAGCAGCCAUGCAUAAUGUCUGACAAAUGUUCAGAUCAAAAUGAUAUUUUGGUAUGUAAGGAUGGAACAGAGACUAAUGAUAGGGAGUCUCGAAUAGUUAAUAGUGAUGAUCAUUUAGUGAACCUUCAGGAUGAUACAUAGGUGAGAGUACCGAAACAGCAUAUGCUGACUAAUAUUCCAUAUGCAGCAGCUGUAAUUCGGUUACCGUUCCUUAUAGUUACCCCAUAUAUUAGAAAUAUCUUUGUAUUGAGCCAUUACUGCUUUAUUACAGUUGAAAAUUUGAUAAAUAUUACAGCCGAUGUGCAGCUAGUGGCACCAAAGGAGUGAUGUAUUUUAUGGCCUCGCUAAUUAAUAUUUUAUAAAUAUAUAUGAAAGGAUUUUUUAAUGAUUUUCUGAAGAACUCAGGAUUUAAACAGAAAGAACUAACAAUAAUUUGACAAUAAUAUUUUAUAAGUAUAUAUUUUAUUCCAGUUAUGUACUUAUUUUGUAAAAAUACGUGCCUCUCAAAAUUAGUACUCUGUUAGUAGCAUGUUUAGUAGAUUAACUUGUGGUGCUUUAUUCUGGUAUGGUGCUGAUUGGAGUGAAUUCUUUAGUGAGUGCUUUUACAUAUCUUGUAUGGUUGUACAUUUUAUAGCCUGUCUGUGCUUGAUGGUGGAUGAAUAUUGGGGCUCAUAAAGAAAUAGUGCCAUAUAGUAAAACAAAACUCCCACUUGUGAAACUUUGAGUCACCCUUUCAAGUAGAAAUGUUUUUAUCUAGAUGGUUGAAUGUAGUGCAAUUCACAUUUAUGCAGUUUAUGUACUCAUAGUGUUGUACUUUAUGGCAUGUAGCUGUGACAUUUUAAAAAUAGUUAUUAUGAGCCUCAAUAUCUGUUGUUUCAUGAUUAAAAAUUUUGUAGCCAGGUCAUGCUGUGAUACUUUUGUACUUUUUAUACUUGUCAUUAGUAAUGUCAGAAAUAUUUAAUAAUGAAACAAAAUAAUCUCUUGUUACAUUAGAUAACCAGUAAGAGUAUUUUUGUUGGCAUGGUUCCAGAUGAGUAGGAGUGGCUUUGCUACACAUGUUUGUGUCUAAACUCCCUGCACAUUUCUUCUCUAAUGAUGACUUUUCUGGGCGUUCAUAUGUAAUACGUUCCACUUUUCUUAAUGUUUCACACAACUAUAAAAAAAUGUCUAGAAGCAAUAUUAUAUGCCUCCAGACAAAUUGUGUGUGCAAAAUAGGGCUGUAUUAUUUCUGAUUAUUAAAUUCAGUUAUUUGCUCUCAAAUUCAGAAAUUGGAACAAUGUUAUUAGGUUACUGUACCUGUUUACGAAAAACAAGUUUGACUGCAGUUAACAUACAUUUAAAUUGUGCAUAUAAUGCUUACUCUGUUUGAAUAGUGUUGGUGCUUCUGUGAUACAUCAAUCUUUUAAAAUAUAUAUAGUCAUUUCCGAUUCUUGUGGAAUGCUUAUAAUUUUAGUGCAAACCUUCAUCACGAAAGGAGUGUGGUUAAUAGCUCCAGAUAUUUAACAUUUUUGACAAGAUGUAUGUAACAUCUGGCCACACAUAAAGCAUCAUUUAAAAUGUGGACCUUGCAAUUAGAAUAUUUCAAUUUUUCAGUAGUGUUUAAUGCGCUGCAUCAUUUACAAUAGGUGACACGAAUUCUAGCAAUCUCAUAAUUUGUUAACCCUGUGGCAUAGAGCAUCCACUGUAGUGAACAGCUGUUAAAGGUCACUUCUUUGAUGUUUUUAAUCAUUCUUCAGGCUGCAAAUGCACACAGUCCACUGCAGUGGGCUCUCCCUACUGAUUUUGUGCCUUGCAUGCAUUUGCAGGCUCAUGACUGAUUAAAAACUCCAGAGAUGUGUCCAUUAACAGCCAUCUACUGCAAUAACAACAUGCACCACAGAGUUAAAGGUUGGCAGUAAUAAUCUUUCCUUGCUGAUGAUACUUGAGAUUUAUAUAAUACACACACACACACACACACACACACACACACACA